GCAAACACUCAGCGGUUACUCUUUCGCACUUUACAGGGCUCCGAGUCCAGAAACUCUCGCCAAUACUGGAUAAUUUGACGGCUUUGGACCCCUUUUUGAUCGCCAAAAAUGCUUUCCUUAGUACGGCGUAGUUGCAGGGUUAAUAACAGACUCCAAGAGAGCUUACGAUUAUGUCGUUCGAGAAAUCUGCCCUCCGUUAGAGUGGUGUCUUCGAGAAAUUACUCGACAGAAGGUGAAGUGGAUCUUGUUGUAAUCGGAUCAGGCCCAGGAGGUUAUGUUGCUGCCAUCAAGGCAGCCCAACUUGGAAUGAAGACAGUUUCAGUGGAAAAAAAUAUGUCCCUUGGGGGAACUUGUCUAAAUGUUGGUUGCAUACCCUCAAAGGCUCUGUUGAACAACUCUCACCUUUAUCACCAAGCCUCUGGUGCAGACUUCAAAAACAGAGGAAUUGAAAUGAGUGGGGUAACGCUAAAUCUGGACCAGAUGAUGAGUCAAAAGGAAAAUGCUGUCAAAGCCCUCACUAAUGGAAUAGCUCAUCUGUUCAAGCAAAACAAGGUUACACAAGUCCAUGGGCGUGGCACAAUAACUGACACCAACGAGGUUACUGUUUACAAAGAUGACCUAAGCACAGAAGUUAUCAAGACUAAGAACAUCCUCAUCGCAACAGGCUCAGAGGUCACACCCUUUCCUGGAAUAGAGAUAGAUGAGAAGCACAUAAUAUCCUCUACUGGGGCUUUGUCUCUAUCUACUGUACCCAAGAACCUGGUGUUGAUUGGUGCUGGUGUCAUUGGUGUGGAGUUGGGCUCUGUAUGGUCUAGGCUUGGUGCCAACGUGACUGCUGUAGAAUUCCUCGGACACAUUGGCGGCAUAGGGAUUGACAUGGAAAUAUCAAAAAACUUUCAAAGAAUUCUCCAAAAACAGGGCAUGAAGUUCAAGUUAAAUACCAAGGUCACAGGUGCUGAGAGAACUUCUGAUGGUGUUGUUGUCAGUGUUGAGUCUGCUAAAGACGGGUCUAAGAAAGAAGAGUUGGAGGCAGAUGUUCUGCUGGUGUGCAUAGGGCGGAGACCCUACACGACUCGCCUGGGGCUAGAGAAAGUUGGAAUUCCUCUGGACUCUAGAGGACGAGUUGUGGUUAAUGAGAAAUUCCAGACAAAUGUCCCAAACAUUUAUGCCAUUGGGGACUGCAUCCAUGGGCCUAUGUUAGCUCACAAAGCUGAAGACGAAGGCAUCAUCUGUGUGGAGGGCAUGAAUGGAGGCGCUGUGCAUAUUGACUACAACUGUGUCCCUAAUGUAGUUUACACACAUCCAGAAGUCGCCUGGGUUGGCAAGACUGAAGAGAUGCUAAAGGAAGAGGGUGUAGAGUUUAAGGUUGGCAAGUUCCCAAUGUCCGCCAACAGCCGUGCGCGCACGAAUGCCGAGAUCGACGGCGUGGUGAAGGUGCUGGGGGAUAAAGAGACCGAUAGGCUUCUCGGCGUCCACAUGAUCUGCCCUGGAGCAGGAGAACUCAUCAACGAGGCGGCGCUGGCUAUGGAGUAUGGAGCGUCAUGCGAGGACAUCGCUAGAGUGUGCCACGCCCAUCCCACCGUCUCCGAGGCCUUCAGAGAGGCCAACCUCGCAGCGUAUGCCGGGAAAGCCAUCAACUUCUGAGCACACAGCUAAACAGUGGGGGGAAUAUUCAAAUAGGAAGAUAGACGGAUGAAGUAUAUUUUAAUUACUGUGUAACAUCUUGUCACCUUAAAAGAAAUGGAACAGCUUGUAGACUUUAUUUGAUGCUGUUUCUAAGAGAUAUUUGUUUGCAGAGAGGUUGAUGUGUAAAUUAGGUAUGGUGAUCUUUCUUGUUUUUACAUGAUAAAAAAUAAACAAUUUAUCGACUA